GCACUAGGGCAUACGUGUCUGGACUGAGGACGCAAGUAGCUGUGGGCACAAACAUCCGGGCUGUACACAAGAUAACACUGUACCAUCUGCUGCCUGUGCUCUGCCGACACUACGACUCCCAGCAUGCACUGUCAACCUAAAGGAGAUAUACGUUGAGCUCCAAAGAUACUUUUUAAGGAAAUGGUCCGAAUUUUAGCAAAUGGUGAAAUUGUUCAAGAUGAUGACCCUCGAGUCAGGGCCAGCAGCCAACGCAACAAUACCCGGCAGGGAUUUUUUAACACUGUAGGAAAUGGUGGUGCAGGACCACAGCAGGCUCCUCAAGAUGGUGCAAGGCAGGAGGGGCGCUCUCCUUUCUCCGACAUUAACCAGCAGCUGGUGAAUAUGGGUUUUCCACGCUGGAACCUGGGAAACCAGGUGGUGGAGCCUGUCAUGUCCAUUCUCUUCCUUUUUCUCAUUCUAAUGAUGGGUGUCCGUGGCUUGCUUCUAGUUGGUUUAAUAUAUGUUGUGUCCCACCUCAGUCAACGGUAAGAGGAAGCUGAAGACACUGGACACGAAGACUGGAAAACUUAAGCAGGGAUGUCUGUUUCAGGAUAAUUCUGUGGUGAUGGCCUUCACAAAGAUUCCAAACUUCUAAACUAUGGUACACAUGUCUUUUAGGACGAAGACUCGCUCUCACCACCUACUGUAGUAGAAUGAAGUGUUGGUUUCAUGGAAGCAUCAAUGCGUUUUAUAGCACCUUGGUUUGAUUCCUAGACACAUUCCUACUCUAUUUGUAUGUUGAAAUCAUUUAAUAUUUUCAGCAACUACUUAAUAUGAUAUAAGGUCUACAUUUUCUCUAUUUUACUUUUGUGACAACAGCUUUUUUUUUUUGUUAUGCAGAUAAAUGUACAAACUUUUGUGAAGAAGUUUAAGAAUGACUAACAUUUUAUUUAAAAAGAACCUUAUGUUUUAAAGGGAAUCUGUCAUCGGUAUCACCUGCACUAACCUGUUGGUACAGACUUGUAGUCCAGUUGACACAGAUAACAAUUAUACUUGCCAUCCGCAGAUCUGUGCCUCCGCUGGUCUGGUCCAGUUAUGCUUGUUUUUCGGUUUUUGCAAACUCUUGCAGAGUACACCCAGAAGUGGCACGCAGUACUGCUUCUUAGCUGCAGCCAUCUUAGAUUGUGCACUAUACCAAUAGUAUACUUCAGCAUCCACACAUGUACAGAAGUCACAGAAAGGGGCAAGCAGGCAGACAGAGCUUUAUGAAUAUUUAUUAGCCAGGCAGACAGGAGAAGAAGUAAGCAUGAUGUCCGUAUGAAGAAGCACCGCAUGGAUCUGCAGGUGGUAAGUAGCAUUUUCAUCAGUGUCACCCGCACUACAAGCCUGUACCAACAGGUUAGUGCAAGUGAUGACAGAUUCCCUCUUAGGGUAGAGUCACACGUGACGUGUGAAUAGACCCUUAAAGGGGUACUCCGGUGAAAACCUUUUCUUUUAAAUCAACUGGCUCCAGAAAGUUAAACAGAUUUGU